UAAGUGCUUUGAUAUUCUCACUCAAGUUAAGAGAACAGAAGGAAACAUGCCUGACAGUUUAUUUUCUAUGUUAUUGCAUUUAUAAAUAAUUGCAUUUUUAUGAAAAAUCAGGAUGAUAGACAAACAAUGAGCUGCAACACCUUACCAGAAAAGCUAACAGAUCAUCUGAAUUGCAGUUAUAAUUCAGUUCCCUUUAAUAGAAGAUGACAUCAGACAUAAUUGGCACCCUUUUUUAAAAAGUUUUUUUUAAACUAAUUUCACAAGAAGUCGUGCAUUUUAUGAUGUGAAACCAGAUCAGCCCCUUGAGGCUGCGAACAAAAAUAAAAUAUAUCAGUGUUUGGCAGGAACAAUUUGCAUUUUGAUGUUGUAUAAUGCAACCUAUAAUCAGCAAACGUUUGGGGGUCUGGAAGAAAAUAGGACCACAGUGUUUUUUUUAUUUCUGGGUGUGUUUAAAAUAUUCUCUCUCACAAAUUCUUUCCCCCACUCCCAAAAACUGAUAAACAUCUGCCAGAGCUACGAGCCUAAAAUGCACCAUAUCCUGUGUGAUUGGGUUAUCUUAGUCAAUGUGCAGUUGAGAUACAGCCUGUCAGCAAGCAGGCAGAGUUAAAGAAAGAACUAGAAAGAAGGAGCAGAACACAUCACAGGAACAAAGUUGGACUUUACAUAGUGUGAACAGGCAAACACAGGCUCUUACAAUACAACAAAUACUCAGCAUGAUGCAGAGGUGUUUGUCAGGUGUACCAGCAAACAAGACAACCGCUCAUUGAACAGUUAACAGAGUGACCUAACUGACAUAAUGGUAAAGAAACCACACGUCCUCAGUUGAGUGUGACGGACAGGGACAGGAAGAAGGUUAGAAGCGUGGUGGUUUAUUCAAAAAAAAAUUUAUUUCCUGUUUUAAAAUUACAAAGAAGCAUGAGCACAGUGGAAGCAAAACGACCUGGCUUAUAAGCACCGAACUUGAUCCACGGCUCAAAUUAGCCAUAAGCGUCACUCUCAGAGGAACUUUGCUGCCUUUAUGAAGAGAUGAUUGAUAAUGCUGAAGAAUUUUGCUGGAAUUGGAGGUUAUUGGGAUCAAGAUGAGAAACUGAAGCACCUGCAGACUUCUAGACAGUAAACAGGGCCCAAGGACUAACGUUUUCUCUGACUGUUUGUGCUGCCUAUGUGUCUCUCUCAGUCUCUGGCUUAGUAAGUUCAGAUCUAUUUUAUCUCUAGAUAACGAACAAAUGUAGAAUGUGCACAGUGAAGCCUGGUUAACCUUCUACUUGCUUACCUACAUCUCUAAGAGAGCAACAAUCUGUCAGUCUGACAAGAAAGACAAAGAAAGGCUAGCUUGGAAUCAUAAACAGUGGAUAAAUGAAUCGUGCUUUGCUCAUCAAGAAUGCAGUAAACUAUGCAAGUGGAGAAAGAAAGUAACAGUUCCAAAGUGAUCACAUUGUCCUGAAUGCAGUUAUUUUACAUAUAUAUUUGUCUGCUAUAAAACAGUUCCUAUACAGAAUAUUUAUUACUCUUGGUCUUGGAUAUAGCUAGCCUCUGGAGCUAAUUUUGGAGUCCAAGUAAACUGACAUAUUCUCUCUAGUUUUACAAUCAUUGUUGUAUUUUGCAAACAUCAGAACUAAAUUAAAUUGUAACUGACUUCAGAAGAUUUUGUUAAAACUGUAUCGUGUUUUUGGCACAUCUGUCAAUUACUGGGGUACAAGCAGGUUAAACGUUUUGGUCCCACAAGUAUCCUGCAAGUAUCACAAGAAAUGAGCAUUGAUAUAAUGUGCUUCAGAAUGAUGGGUAGCAGCCCAAAGCGAGGCCUGAGCCCAGGGGGACCUGACUUGACCAAGAAGAGGAGACUCUUUGCUGAAAGUUAUGAUGAGAAACUCGAGCGGAGACAUGAAAACCAUCUGAAUCUCAUUGGUCGAAAUAACAUCACAACCUGCCGCAGCUCGCCAAGGGAGCGGAAUGUGGAGCAGAACUCAAGACAAGUGCAGUUUCUGAAACGAAGGAAUAUAACAAUAGACGAGGAAGAGAUUAAACAAAAGCCUUCCAAAGUAACACGUCACAGAGUGGAAAGGACUGCAGCAACUGCCACUUCUGCUACACCCGCUACCACAACCCCGGAAGUGAGUUUGAAGCCACCACAACAGAAUUUAACUGCAGUCAGCCAGAUGUCUCCACGGUUCAUGUUGUGCAGCAAUGGCACCCCAUUAGCUAAUGAACAUACUCACUGGGGAGCAAAGGAUUCAAAUUUCAGUUUCCACAUCAAUGCGCCACUCCAAUAUGACACAGCCAUCAAGAAGGUUUCUAAAAGGAAUAAAGCCACACAGGUGCCUUCAGACACUCCUGGUGAAAUCGGUGAACUCAUGAAGAAGGAAGCAAGCCAACAAACAGAAUGCGGUGUUGCUGUUCUCGAUGAGGAGAUCCAGCAGCUCUCAGAAUAUCUAAAGGAAGCUCUGCAUCGUGAGCUGAUGCUAAAAAAGAAGCUCGGUCUUCUACAACAGCUACUUGCAACAGUCUUGCAGCUGACAGAGAAAUCAUGGAAGGUGCAAUUGGAUGAUGACUCAAUGCGUUGUAAACUGCAGUCACUUGAGAAUCAGUUACACAUCUGGGCACAGAAUCACUCGCGAGACAGUAUGAAGGAAAGCAUGAUUGAAAUGCAGGAGCAAAAACUCAAGUAUGAGCUUGUUGCUAAGGAGUCGCUCCAGAGAGCAAUCAGGGAGAAAACAGCCACUGAACAAACUUUGGCCAAUGUACAGAGAUCACUGAGUUUAGCAGAACAGGAGUCUGCUCACUGGAAAGAGAAAAGUGAUAGAGUGCAGGCAGAUUGUGCUGAACUGACCAUCAGACACUUGGAGACCACAGAUCAAUUACACAUAACCCAGAGCAAACUGCAGAGAGCAGAAAAAGACAACAUGUUGCUCAGAAAUUUACAGACGAAAUUGGAAGUUGUAGAAAGUGAGACACAGAAACUCUUGGAUCAAAUUGAUGUAUUAAGAGAAGAAAAUGAACUCCAUCAAGAGCAGCUUCUAACAAGCAAAGAAAAACUACAAAAAAUGGAAGAGCAGAAACAGAAAAUGGCAUCUACAAUCAGUAGACUACAGGACAUGGUACAGAAGAAAACCAUCCAGACAACAACACAAGAAAAAGCAAUGCAACAGAAUGACUUGUUCAGUGCCAGGAGGGAGCACCAUCAUCAGGCACUUCAGCUGAAGGUCAGCGAGCUGAGCGACCAAUUGGAAAGGCAGUUGGCCCUGCUUCACGCCAAAGAGCAGGAGUGUAGUGAACUUCAGUCAAAGCUCACACUUGUGCAAAAUGAGCAUCGUGCCUGUUUGAAAGAACUGCAGAAUCAUCAGGAUGCGUUAAAGAGGUUUCAGAAGAAACCUGCCCAGGUGAGAUUCUGAAAUCAUCUCAUCUGCAGUCACAAGGCAAGAGGCGAUGCUGUCGAUGUGUGGCCUUCCUCUUUCUGGCUGCAGCGGUAGCAGGGUUUGCUGUGCUUUGGGCAAAUAUAUACAGUAUCCCUUUCUAAGAAGUUGGAGUAAAGCACACUUUGUCACCAGCAUAAACUUGCUUUAGCCUUUGAACACCAAAUGUCCUUUAAAAUAAAACGUUUAUCUUUCAAGAUUUUCAAAACUAAUUUACAGGACAUGAUGAAUGUUAUCAAAUAUAAUUGGAUAGAUGCUUAAGCUCACAGAACACAGGCUUGCUGCUUGCCCUUGUCAAGCUGACUGAGAUCAGUAACUUAUCGUGUGUGGAAUUCUGACUGCUUACCUAUGUGACAUAUUUCAGUUGUCAAAUGGUAGCCCAUAGGGUCACCACUUCUUCAGUUAGAGAAGGCAAAAUCAAUAAGAGAUUUUUUAUCUCAGAUUUGCGUUCAUGAUUACAAAGCAGUAUCAGCACAGGUUAUGCAGUGGUUUUCCUAAAUGGCCUUUAAACUGCAACCCCCCCCCACCCCCAACCCUCCAUUUACCUCAUCAUAUUUUAUUGUAUGUGGAGAGAAUUGGCCAUCCAUGGUCAAUGCCUACCUCAAUGAAAAAUUUUAACCCUUGAAAAUGUUAACCUCCUGCUUAAACUAGAGUUUCAAAAUGAAAAUUUGAUAAAGGUGUUGUGAACAGCAGUGGAAAGCUGUUUAAAUACAGGAGCCCCCAUUAGUGAAAGGUCAGGGAUUUUGCAGUGAAUUGGGGCUAACCAAAUUUCUCAAGUGUAAUCAGUCAAACUCAGGACUGUGUAACUAUUUACUGCUGAACUGUUAAGAAUCAACAAAAAUAGUGUCACUGUUUUGUGAGAGAAUUGUGGGCCUAACUGAGGAAAAUACAGCAUAAUUAUGUGUUGUGGAAAAAUCUGUGAAUCAACAUUUUGAAUGCAAAACUCAGUUACGCUGGAGUAUCAAGUAACAAAGGUUAGAUGUGUUAUUACUGUUUGCAAAAAGAUUUUGUUCUUUACAAAAUAAUUAUGGUGAUUAAUGGAAGUAAUGUAAUGAUUAACUGAACCAAUCCCUGUACAGGUCCACUGUUCAUGAGCUGCAUUUUUCUCUCCAGUGUGUGCAAAUGUUUACAUUUAAAAUAACAACUCAAAGUAUUUAGUCAAGCUGUGACACACCUUUUUUAAUGCAGGUACAGCACAAAACUUAAGUGUUUUAGCACUUUACAUUGAUUAUCAUGUGAGACUUGCCAAAAGGUAAUCAUAAAAUAAAUAUCACCAUAGUCAAGUAAUAAUUCACAGCCACAGCUCUUAUUUGUUUUAUCACAGUUUUUGAAGUCGACAUAGUGAAUUAGCCCACUUGACAGCAGUAGAGUGAAAUGGCUUUGGUGUUUUUUGCUUUUAUUUAGUAUGUAGAGUUCCAAUACAUCUUAUGUCACUUCAGAAGACAGAAAAUACUAGCCAUGGCAAACAUUUUUCAUAAAAGGGUAAUUUAUUAAAUAGGUUUAUUCUGAGGAGUUAUUUAAAGAUGCUAGCAUCUUUAGAACUCCAACAGUUCACAAGGAGUUCAUCAAAAACAUCGUGCAGGCAAGUCCCUUUUCAUCCUACUAACAGAAAUCUGAGAUGAUGUAUUUCACAGAAGGAAACAAGCAGCUUUACCCCUCAACGAAAACUGAAUAUUAUGUUCAUUAGAAUUACCCCCCCCACAAUCCUCUGCACCCCAUGUGACAUGGCAAGUUGAACUAAAGUUUACAGUUCUGUAAUAUUUAAACUCAGAACUCCACUUUAGUCUAAAUGCAACUUUCUUUUAGAUAAUUUUCUGCAGCUCACUCUGAGAUUACAGGAUAAAUGCUUUGUUUACAAAACGCGAUGGUCCAACUGAUGAGCAAUUCUUGCAGACUAUUAACCUGUAGUGCUCUGGUGCCACACAAACUUCACGUUUGUUCCUUUCAAAGGCAGUGAACCAGAUUUCUUGUCUAUCAGUUGUUCUCAUUUCUGAGUAAACAUACAAACAUAAGACGGUGCCACUUUUAAACUACUAUUUAGGCCAAGGAAAGAUGAGAGAAACCAUGGACAAUAGAUUCCAUUUCGACAAUCCACUUGACAAUGUAUGUGCUUAAAAACUCAUGUUAAUUCAUUGUUAAGAUAUAAAGGGGCUUGAAAAAUGUAUUCAUGUGGAGUAUUACUUACUGGCAUCAAAAAUGGCAGCUGAAAAUGCAGUAUUUUUCUUUGUAUAUUGUCAAUAAAAUUAAUAUUUCAAGAUGA